AUGCUCCUGCCAGACGCCACAUUUAAACGACCACGACGGCUCAGUGACGCCCUCUCUAACGAUCACGAAUACGCCCCGCUUCGAAAGAGGCCUAGGCUCUUGACGGAGACUCUCCGAGACCAAGACCGAAUCGUAACUCGCCCCGAGAGUGUGCUUGGACUCGCGGCCAAGUCGCGCGGCAGAAACCAUGCGAUGAACAAGCUACUCGACAAGUCUACGUCACAUGGCCUCCCCUCGGGUCCGCAUCCGCGAGCCGUAAUAUCAAGCCCAGCAAUCCAGCUUCUGCACCGCAAUCGUGCGACCUCGUCGACGGUCACUGCCUCUUCUAAACGGAGGCAGAUAGUCGUGCGUGGUCAAGGCACGCGAGCACGAUUGGACCAGGAGGAUAAAGUCGACAGGCGACUGAGGUCUCGUCGCAGCGAUAUCGACAUGGGUGGGAUGGACGAUACUGAUACGAUCGCUUCGACCCGGGUAUUUCGUCCUACGGUAUUGUCAUCAAACAUGCGCGAGAGCGGCUCGCCAGCCUCUCCACCAGCUACCGACGCACUUGCUCAGUCUCGUCACGGGUAUAUAGGCGCAUCCGGGGCUUCUAUUGGACUCAGUUAUCCAUCUCCGUAUCAGGGGAGGCAGAACAAUCACACCGACGCCUUCCAACGGUUCAAGGGGCCUGCCUCGAAAACUAGCCACUCUAUAGAUGACGGCACACCGGCGAUUAUACAGCAGCAACCUCCCCUCCUCGAUCAUGAUUCCACGUCGAAUCAGGAAAAAAGGUGCCUCCCGCAAUUGCGGCUAUUGGCCUCGGAUAGAGCAGCGUUCAAGACUCAGUCGGUCGAUGUAACCCGUUCAAAAUUUUCUUCAUCAAACCUCGAAAACGGCAUAUCUUUAGCAAGUCCACGCCCGACCGCACCCCAACCUGAUUCAUCGCACGACGCUCAUUUGCUUUCGGUCAAUGUUCCGCGACGUUCCAUCUCACCGCCCCCACAAAAGAAGCACAAUGGGACAUUUAUGCGCGCCGGGCAGGCACUUCACGUGUUCAAAAAUGCAGCAGGAACCACAGAACUUCGGAGUGACGUUUCGAGAGAGGAUGCAACCAAGCCAGACCAUUCACGUCGCGAAACGAAUGAAAUGGUCGAAUCAGAGUCACCCCCAAAGCCGUGGCCACCUGCGAUGUUGCCUCGACAGCCAGCCAGGGGUCCCACCAGCAGCAGAUGA